UUGGGGCCCCAGCCGUUCCAGUGGGCGCCAUGUCGUUGAAAGCUCGUGGGCUCCGUUUGCCGCUCCGUUCGCCGCUCCGUUUGGGCGUUUUGGGCCUCGGCCUCUGUUUGUUUCAAGCGAUGGGAGAGACGUUCCUCUCCGGCCUCUCCGGCUCGCGACGAGUCCUCCUGUCCUCGCUCUCUGUGGGCCUGGGACUUGGAGGCCAAGGGGCCUCAGGGGCCUCAGCUCAAGAGGGAGUUCCUGCGAAGGUGGGUGGUAGAGCCUCCAAGUGGUUUGGAAGUUAUGAAGAUCCCAAGCAUCCCAGUUGUGACCGGUCCUUGGUCAUUGCGUUUGAUGGGACCAAGGGGAAGAUCGAUGGAUAUGACAAAUCAGGUGCUGGGGAGGAAGGGAAAUUUGAUUGCCGAAAGCGCAGAGAUGUCCAAUACUAUGACUGGACAUUGAAGGUAAAGUUGGCUUCAAAGGAUGCUGAUGAACUGGUGGUGGAAGAAGUUGGUAGGGAUGUGGUGGACCGGAAACGCAUCAAUGGAGCACAAGAAACCAUUGGCAAGUGGGACAAAGAUGGCAUCCUGUGGCCAGAUGGCACAAAGUGGAUCCAGAAGAAAUGGGAGAGGUAAUCAGUGCAGCUCGGACAAGACAACCUUGGCGAGCUUUUUUUCUGGCGUUGAUUUGUAGAUGCUGUUGACUUAGGUGUUUCUCGUGGAAAAGGCUUG